AUGAGCAUUAAUAUGAUGCUGAAUCAGAAAUAACUCUAAUUAAUGAAAUCUCGCUGGAAAAUACUCCAAGAUAAUAAGAAGAAUUUAUAAAUUGAUAGUUCUAUCUUUAAGACUUCUUUUAGGUUCAAAGAUAGAAUAAUUUUGGAAUUAAGUAGUUCAAAAGUAAUUAUGCUAAAUUGUCUAAAAUUAUAAUUAUUACUUAUUUUGAGGAUAGUAUUUUGGAAUUAAUUAAUGUUUCUUACGUAUUUGGAGAAUUCAAAAGAGUAGUUGCAUAAAAAAAUGAUUUAUGAAAGCAUAAUGUGCAAAAAUUAUAAUCAAUAGUAUUUGCAAUCAAGGAUGGUAUAGUAAAUUAUGAUUCAAAUCCAGAGAUUUCAAAUGAUACAUAAAAGUCUAAUAUAUAUUAAAAAUUGUCAAAUUUAGAAAAAGGAAAAUCUCUAGAGCAGGUAGGAUAUAAAAUCUAAGUGCUGUCUUUGA